CCGCUUAAAUUUCCCCAUGUGACCACUGCGUCUCGACCACGUCCUCCCCCUCUCUCUCUCUCUCUCCUGCUCUGCGAGCAUCGCCAUUGACAGUGGACUGAAGGAGCUCCGAGAGAAGCUCUUCAGAAUCUCUCUCGAAUCCUCGUCAGUUCUGGGCUUCUGGGCAGCUCAGAAACCGGGGGGCCAGCUCAAGCAACUUGUCAAGUUCUCUCCUUUUGUUCUCUUUUUUUGGGGGGUUGGAGUCCCUUUUGUCCAUACGACUUUUCUGAGCUCUUUAUUAUUGCAAGACUCAAUCUUGAGCCGUUUGGAUAUUCUUUUUGGCCAGAAAUUAAAGUGCCCACAUUGCAAGAAAGUGGUAUUAUUUUUUCGGGAGGCGGGGUGGGGGUCUCCUCGUAGGGCCGUGGCUGUUUUAGUUCUCUGGGUGGAAAGGGCAGAUCUUUGGUCUGGUUUAUGGUUCAGGAGCUUCAAAACAAGAAACACGGUGCUAGUGUUGCUGAUGCUUUUCCCCACCACUAAAAGACCUUUCGUCGGUGUCGUCCGAUGAGGGUUCACGACUAUUCUUUUUUCCUUUCCGUUUCUGGUGAAAUCGACUCAUUUUGAUGUUCAUGCCUUGAACCCACAUAUGCAAAGCUCAUCUUGAUGUCUUCCUCCGAUUUCUGGUGGUGGAAUUCGACCCAUUUACCUACCAGUUACUAACAGGAAAUCGUCCGCUUCUUUCAUCAACCCUCCAGCGUUGAUUGAAGUUAUUGGCCAGCCCAAGAAAAACGGCACACUUUGUGUUUUUUUAUUUUUUAUUUUUAUCAUCUCAUUUGAUGCUCUGAACAUAAGGUCUCCAGUUUGACCUUCUCUUCGUGUUUCAGUGAACAUCUUCCUGGGCGAAAGUAUAUUCUUCUUUCGUUUUGGAAUUAUUGCUUGUUCGUUCUUUUGAAGGAGAGUACUUGAGGAAAACCCAUCUGGGUCAUUGCUUUCCGGAUGCAAGAGCAAGCAAUCCGGAACAGUUACAUUACUUCUUCCUGGUUCUUGAUAGAAGAUUGAAGGUUCUAGAACAAGAGGAAGAAAGCUAGUGCAAAAGAAAUAAAGUAAAAAGAGGUAUUUCUGCUGCUUUAUUAGUUUAUUGUGGAGUAUGGCAAGUGGAAUGGAGAACCAGGGGGAAAUUCCUGCGAAUUUGAAGAAACAGCUUGCUCUGGCUGUGAGAAAAAUCCAAUGGAGCUACGGAAUCUUCUGGUCCAUCUCAACCAGACAGCCUGGGGUCUUGGAGUGGGGUGAUGGGUACUACAAUGGAGACAUCAAAACCAGGAAAACAAUUCAAGCUGUGGAACUUAAUACUGACCAGAUUGGUAUGCAGAGAAGCGAGCAACUGAGGGAACUAUAUGAGUCUCUAUCCGCUGGUGAAUCCAGCCCACAAGUUAGAAGGCCUUCAGCAGCAUUGUCCCCUGAAGAUCUCACUGACGCGGAGUGGUAUUAUUUGGUUUGCAUGUCGUUCAUCUACGACAUUGGCCAAGGGUUGCCAGGAAGAACAUUAACUACAGGCCAGCCUACCUGGCUCUGCAAUGCCCAUUAUGCAGAUAGCAAAGUCUUCACUCGCUCUCUAUUGGCAAAGAGUGCAUCCAUUCAGACUGUGGUGUGCUUUCCAUUUCGAGGGGGCGUGAUUGAGCUUGGUGUGACCGACCAGGUUUCGGAGGACCCUGGUGUCAUCCAUCAAGUCAAAGGUACUCUUCUGGAAAUCCAAUACCCAAUAGCUUCCAAGAAAUUCAGUGCUCUUAUUGGAGAUACGAUAGACCAAGACGAUGUUGAUAUUCUCGAUCACGACAUUCUUGAUGUCAAAUUGGUUCCUGUGGCAAGAGAACUGGAUAUGGCUUCUCCAGACACCAGCUCAAAUGGUUUUGAGGCCAAUCAGCUACCGGAGAAUUCAUUUGUGGUUGAAGUGAUAAAUGGAGUAGCUUCUCAAGCACAGAGUUGGCAGUUCAUGGAUGAUGAGUAUAGCAACUGCUUACACCAUUCUGUGAACUCCAGCGAUUGCAUAUCCCAAACCAUAGUUGAACCUACAAACUUAAGGUCAGUCCAAGAAGAUGACAAGGCAAAUGACCCUCAAGGAUGUGGUUACGAGAAGCCAACCAUCUUGGAGAAUGAAAUUGAUGAUGUACAUUACCAGAGUGUCCUUUCAUCGCUUUUGAGAACGUCACACCAGUUGAUCGUUGGGCCACAUUUUCAAAGGGGUAAUAGGGAGUCGAGUUUUGUCGCUUGGAAGAAGGGAUGGUUUCCAUCUCGGCAAACCACACAAGGUGGGACACCGCAAGAGGUACUGAAGAGAAUCCUAUUUCAAGUUCCAAGGAUGUAUGAUAAUGCUCUUCAGUCCCCCUUAGAAGAUGGCGGGGAAAAUGGAGUUUGGAGGCCGGAGGCUGAUGAAAUUGGUCUGAACCAUGCAAUAUUGGAAAGGAAGCAAAAGGAAAAAAUAAACGAUCGCUUGGGUGUACUGAAAUCCAUGGUUCCCUCGGUCAGCAAGGUUGACAAGCUGUCUAUAUUAGACGACACCAUUGCGUACCUGAGGGAGCUCCAGAGGAAGGUUGAAGAGUUGGAAUCUUGGGGGAUUGGGAUGGAAGUAGAAGCGAAAUCGAGAAGAAAGCCCCAUGACAUGGUCGAGCGGACUUCCGAUAACUGCGGGACCCAUGUGACAGGCUCAGGCAAGAAGCCGGUCAGAAACAAGAGGAAGGCCAGCAACAUUGAUAGCAUGGAGCUGGAGACCAAUUCUGUAGUGCAGAGAGAUGUGUCUGCUGAUAAUUUGACAGUCAAGAUUAACGAUAGGACUGUGCUAAUUGAGAUGCGGUGCUCUUCGAGAGAGGGAGUAUUGCUCGAGAUCAUAAACGAGGUGAACAAUCUCCAUUUAGAUUCUCACUCAGUUCAGUCAUCGACCAUCGACGGGAUUCUGUCCUUGACCAUUAAAUCUAAGUUCACAGGAUCGACGGUAAUGUCUGCUGCAACAAUCAAACAAGCACUAUGGAGAUUCGCUCGGAAAUGCGGAAAUUCAUCUCCAUACUAGCAACUGCAUGUCAGUUUACAUGACACGGUGAUAUUAGCGUAGUCCUUUGUAUUGCAAGACCACUGUAGAAGCCUGUUGAGUAGUUCUUCACGACAGUUGUUCUCGGUAGAUAGUCCAAUAAAAUGAAGGUGAAUUCUGCAAACAUUUUGUAAUUUGUACUUAAUAUGAGACGUUCAUCACAUGCCUUUGUACCUAAAAGAAAUCAAUGACUUAAAUCUGUUUUCUUGCUGCUG